CUCUCUCUCUCUCUCUCUCUCUCUCUCUCUCAUACAUAUGCCAAAGUCCCAGAAUUGCAAGAGUAAAUGCAACCUUCUCUGCAUGUUCCUUAUUCACAGGGGCUUGUAAUAAUAUCUGCUAUCCAUGCCUAAUGUACAGGGCCUUGCUGAUUUUGAUCAGGUAAGCCAUCAUCAUGUGGACCAGACUGGUAGCUAACAAGAUCCUGAAGAUGGGAUUGGGGAGCAAUAACUUCGUCGCCGAUUACCCCAUCGACGUCCCAGACUCUCUCCUCGACUUCCCCAUAUUGGAAGAACCCUCCUUGGGCGGUGGCAAGAACAUCUUGAAUCACCACAAGGACACCCUCAAGUACAAAGUUUUUGUUAGUACUUGGAACGUGGGCGGGACAGCACCGGAAGAAGAUUUGGUGAUGGAGGACUUCUUCGAUACGAGCGGUGACUCCUACGAUAUCUACGUUCUGGGAUUUCAAGAGAUUGUGCCGUUGAAGGCGUCCAAUGUUCUAGGGUCCGAGAACACGAAUAUCUGCAUGAAAUGGAAUUCGCUCAUCAGAAUGGCCUUGAACGGAAGCCGGAAUUGUCGCCAUGGAUCCGACUGUGAGAAGAAGAGGAUGCACGGGCCAGAGUUUCGUUGUGUUAUCAGCAAACAAAUGGUGGGGAUAUUCAUCUCGGUGUGGGUUCGCGGCGAUCUCCGUCCCUACAUUAGUCAUCCGAGCGUUUCGUGCGUCGGUUGUGGCGUUAUGGGCUGCCUAGGCAACAAGGGGUCGGUUUCAGUUCGGUUUCAAUGGCAUGAGACGAGCUUCUGUUUUGUGUGCACUCAUCUUGCCUCCGGAGGCAGAGAAGGCGACGAAAAGUGUCGGACGUCCAAUGCGGCAGAGAUUUUAUCCCGGACAACCUUUCCUCGGGGCCCUUUGCUUAAUUUACCUAGGAAAAUUUUGGACCACGAUCGGGUUAUUUUGCUCGGGGACUUGAAUUACCGGAUUUCCUUGCCAGAAGCGGCCACGCGAGAACCGGUGGACAGAAAAGAAUGGAAUACAUUGCUAGACAAAGACCAGCUGAUGAUGGAGCUGAUGAACGGGCAAGUGUUACAAGGUUGGCACGAAGGGAAGAUCAAAUUCGCCCCCACAUACAAAUAUAUUCCGAACUCUGACUUGUAUUACGGAUGCUUUCAACGGAAAAAGGGAGAAAAAAGGCGUUCUCCAGCAUGGUGUGACAGGAUAAUUUGGUGCGGGAAAGGAUUGAAGCAACAUCUGUACACACGGGGCGAAUCGAGGCUGUCCGACCACAGGCCGGUGAAGGCAAUCUUCACCGCGGAGGUCGGGGUUUCGCAAACGUUGAGAGGUCUUCAGAGCUUAUUUCUAUCCAAACGGUUCAAUCAGCUCACGACCCGAUUCGAGGUCUCGUCCAAGGACGAUGGAUUGCUAUGUAAAGGCCGGUCCAGCUUCCAAAUUUGAGGUCAUCAUCGCUGCAGUUACAGCAAUAUACUGAAGGAAGUAUGGUGAUCAGGGUGACGUUUAUAUUUUAACUUAAGAGGGAAACCUGAAAGCUUCUUGAAUUUACCUGUGUUUUAGUUUGGCGAGGAGUGUACAGUGAAACCUAUAUGUCUUUGUUAUGCAUGUAUGGUUGCGUAAUGGAAGAUGUCCACCUCAUCUCUCUCUUUCAUCGGAUUUGAAAA